CUUUUCUCUCUCUAUCGCCCACACAAAGAAACACACUCACCACUUUUUUCCCCUCUCUCUCCACCACUCUCUGUGUUUGUUUUCACCCAAAAAAAUCCCAAUUUUCUCCUCAAUUUCUCCCUCGUCUGCUCUCCAAAACUCAAAAUACUUGUUCAUCAAUGCGUGAUCUUUCCAUUAGAUGUAAUUUCGAGUUUUGAUGUUCUCGUUUUCACCUAAUUAGUUUGCAAGUCACUGAAUUGGAAUUAGAAAUGCUGGAGGCAGUUGAGAGUUCAGUAAAUGGAGGUGGAUUCUCGCAUGUGCAGAGCUGUGGGGACAGCAGCGAGGAGGAGCUCUCGGUACUACCGCGUCAUACUAAGGUUGUGGUGACCGGGAAUAACCGAACCAAGUCUGUGCUUGUGGGUCUCCAAGGUGUGGUCAAGAAGGCUGUUGGGCUUGGGGGAUGGCAUUGGCUGGUUCUUACUAAUGGCAUAGAAGUAAAGCUACAGAGGAAUGCUCUGAGUGUGAUUGAGGCUCCUACUGGUAAUGAGGAGGAUGACGACUUGGAAUUUGACAACAUGCAGUGGAAUGGAUCUGAUAUGGCUUCUGAUGACACUCAAAAGUCCCAUUCCCAUAAAUUGAGGAAUCGAAUUCAUAAAUCAACUGGAUCAUCUCACAAGACUAUGAGCAGAUCACUCUCUUGUGAUUCACAAUCAAAGGACUCUAUUACUACACCCCGUGGGUCCACGAAGGUUGACUUAAGCAAGCUGGAGAGUGCUGCUUUGUGGCGAUAUGGGCGAUACUUUAAUCUUGUUGAUGCUUUUCCCAACCCAUCCAAGGAACAACUAGUAGAUGUUGUUCAGAGGCAUUUCAUGUCACAGCAAAUGGACGAGUUGCAGGUCAUUGUGGGCUUUGUGAAGGCUGCAAAGAGGCUGAAGACUACUGUAUGCAAAUGACCUUUGAUGCAAACUGUGAGAUCUUGAUGAGUUUUACUCUCAACGCUAACUGAUAUCCGGACCCUUAUGACCUUUUACCUUCUGUAUUCUGUAUGUAACAUAUGUAUCGAUCAGUUGUCUAGCGCGUAUCCUUUUAUGUUAGUAGGUUAGUAGUUACUAUGUCUAAGCUCCUUCGUAACUGAGCUAAUGUAGAUAUAUGUAAACUGGUAACGAGACCAGCAAGAAGUCCAUGUUACUUUCUAAUCGUGGUGAUUAAUGUAUUUGCUGGUCACUUUGAUGAAAUGGCCUUCGUAAAUUGUA